CUUGACGCCUCAACUUGGCUCAUCCGAGUCCAGCGGACGCUAGGAACUUGUUGCGCGUAAAAUGGAUACUUUAUUUGCGGGCGUACUAUUAAUAUUAUUGUUGAGCUUUGCAGAGACAGAGGAGUUCCUAAUUUCCCACACGCGCGCGGUGUUAUGCCUAGUAACGCACAACACCGCAGUGAAGCUGGGCAAAUGUAACGCGGACAAUCCCAGUCAGCACUGGAAAUGGACGAAUGAUAUGAAACUGCAGCACGUCCAGUCCGCCAAGUGUCUGUGGGUGAACACCAGCCGUUACGUACCGCGCCACGCGCGUUUGGCCUCGAUUGAUGACUGCGCCGUCGCACCUGCGUGGAGGUGUUACGAUCGGAAGGGGACGUUUGGGCUGGCGGACUCGGCGAUGUUCCUGAGAAAGCAAGGCUUGCGUGCGGUCCUCAGAGCGGAUCGGAGCUAUUCCAAUUGGACCAAGUACGCAACGGAUCCCGGGGGACGGCGGAGGAUGACCACGUUAUGCCCAAGUAACGACCCAGUUUCCACUACAGUUCCAUCCACGCCCCGUCCCACGACGACGUCCCCCUUUUCCGGAACCUUCCCCCCCACCGCGACGACCCCGAUCCUGCCCGGGAGCGAGGAGACGGACCGGACCGCCGGAACCACCCUGGGUGACGCCGGCCGAGCUCCCGGCACCACGAGCGAGACGACAGAAGCUGUGAAGUGUAGCGUGAAUCUGACCGAAACCAGCGUUAAAACAAACUCCGUCCUGCUAAAAUGGACUACUCCGGGAGAAGCGUGCAAUUUCAAAGUGGUUUCCGUGAACCGCAGUUCUGCCACGGAUUGCCCUCGGGAUGAACAGCACGGUCAGAAGUUCGAGUGCGAGAUACAGGAUUUGGAACCGGGCACCGUGUACCACCUGGGAGUUAUUUCAGAGACGGACGGAUGGAGGACCAACGUGUCAGUGCAAACAGAGCCCCAGCAGCCGGCCCUCCUGCUCGCCCUCCCUGAUGAUGGUGACAGGUCGUCGGGUCUCCGCGUGUCCUGGCCCCGCCCCCUCGGCCAGGUGGACUGGUAUGACCUCACGCUGGAGGAUGGGGCCACGGGCGAGGUCCGCCACACCCGGGUCCCGGGCACGGACGCCCCAAAAUCAGCCUUCGCCUCCCUCACCCCUGGCACCCUGUAUUCCCUGUCCCUGGUGGCCGUGGCGGGGAACAGGACCUCCCCGCCGGUGGAGGUCUCUGCUGCUACAGCUCCUUCCGCCGUCAGAGGCCUACGGCUGUCCACCACCUCAGACAGCCUGGGCGUUUCCUGGCGGCCGGGCCCGGGCGGAGUGGAGCGCUACGGGCUGCUGCUGAGCGACCCCGAGGGGCUGAUCCGCAACGUGACGCUGAAGAGCGGCAGCACCUCCUACAGCCUUACCGGCCUCGUCCCCGGACACCCCUACAACGUCUCCGUGGUAACGGAAGCCGCGGGGCUCCGGAACUCCACCUCCGGGCAGACUCGCACAGCUCCCGCGGUGGUGCUGGACCUGAAGCUCCUUAGCAACGGCAGCCUGGACGCCCUGACGGCGAGCUGGGCCCCGGCCCCCGGCGACGUGGACGGGUACCUGGUGACCCUCUCCGCCGCAGGCUCCGCCCUCCGGGAGAAGCCCCUCCCCUCGGACGCCACGCGCGCCCUCUUCACCGGCCUGACCCCCGGGCGCGAGUACGGGGUCUCCGUGCGCUCUGAGAGCGGGGACCGGUCCACCGAGACGCGGGCCAAGGGCCGCACAGGUCCUGACUCGGUCACACAGUUAGCCAUGGUGGGCCUCAGUGAGCAGAGCGCUCUGAAGAUGACGUGGGCUCCCCCUAGAGGCGAGUGGGAGAACUACCGCGUCCUGCUCUUCAACAAAUCCCUGGCGCUCGUGAACAAGACCGUGAUGAAGAGCGCGCGGGAGUUCACCUUCUCAGGCUUCCUCCUGGUGCCCGGGCGGCUGUACACGGCCGCCGUUACCGUGGAGAGUGGAGGACUGAGCAACACCGCGCACUGCCAGGGCAGACUAGCUCCCCGGGCGGUGUUGGAGCUGACCAUUCGGCACGCAGAUGAGACGUCUCUGAGUGCGCUGUGGGGCCACGCCUGGUCGGAGUGGGACAACCAGACGGUGCUGCUGAUGGAGGGGGGGCGGACGGUGGCGGAGAGGCAGCUGUCCCGGGACAUGAGGGAGUGCACCUUCAACGUGCUCACGCCCGGCCGUCUGUACUCCAUCCAGGUCUCCACCAACAGCGGGGUCCUGCGCAGCUCCGCCUCCGUCAGCGGGAGGACCGUCCCGGCGGAGGUGAGGGCCCUGCGGGUCAGUAACCAGGGCCGCACGGACAGCCUGCAGACCAGCUGGGAGCGUGCGGCGGGGGACAUCGCCUCCUAUCGCCUCCUGCUGGUGCACGAGAGCAUCGUCAUCAAGAACGAGAGCGUUCCCGCCUCCACCACCGCCUACCAGUUCCACGCGCUCAAGCCCGGCGCCCUCUACAGGGUGGUGGUGACCACCGUCAGCGGCGGGCUCUCCUCCCGCCAGACCGUCGCCGAGGGACGCACAGUGCCAGCAGCGGUCGGCGAAGUCACGGUCAGCAACAACGGUCGCGCGGACUUCCUGAGCGUGUCGUGGCAGCCCGCGCAGGGCGACGUGGACAGCUACCUGGUCGUCCUGCGCGACCGCGAGAAGACCGUGCACACGCUGACCGUACACACGUUGUCCAAGUCCAGCCCCGAGUGCGUCUUCAACUCCCUGGUGUCCGGACGCCUCUACAACAUCUCCAUCACCGCCCGCAGCGGCGGCUACAAGAACCACACCGUGGUGCAGGAGCGCACCCAACCCUCCAGUGUGCAGAACCCCACGGCGAUCCACUCCGCGCGAGACGACUACCUGAAGGUGUACUGGCGUCACGCGGCCGGCGACUUCGACUUCUACCUGGUGGCCAUCAAGCACAACAACAUCCUGCAGCAGAACCAGACGGUGCCCAAGUCCCAGAACGAGUGCGUCUUCACCUCCCUGGUCCCGGGCCGGCUCUACACCGUCAUCAUCAGCACCCGGAGCGGGAAGUACGAGUCCAGCGUGUCCACGGACGGACGCACGUUCCCCGCCACCGUGAGGGACCUGGCCCUGGCGGAGAGCGGGACGGAGGACCUGCGGGUCACGUGGGCGGCGGCCCCGGGCGACGUGGAUCACUACGAGGUGCAGCUGCUCUUCAGCGACAUGAAGGUGCUCCCGCCCGUAACCCUGAGCAACACGGCCGGCGACUGCAGCCUGGCCAACCUCACGCCGGGACGCCUCUACAAGGUGGUGGUGUCCACCUUCAGCGGGCCCAACCAGCGUGCCCAGUUCAUCCAGGGCAGGACAGUGCCCAGCAAGGUGAAGAACAUCCACCUGAGUAACGGCGGCCAGAGCAGCAGCCUGAAGGUGAACUGGAGCCCGGGUCAGGGCGACGUGGACAGCUACUCCGUGUCCCUGUCCCUGGGGCCCCGCGUGCUGGAGACCCGGCCCGUCCCCAAACACGUCCACGAGCAGGCCUUCCAGAACCUGCUGCCGGGCCAGCUGUACGACGUCACGGUCCAGUCCAUCAGCGGGGGCCUGCUCAACAACCACACCGCCAGCGGGAGGACCGUGCCCUCCUCGGUCACGUCCCUGCAGGUGGACAACAAGCACACCACCUGCAGCCUCCUGGCCACCUGGCAGCGCGCGGCGGGCGUGGCCGACGGCUACAGCCUGCGUCUCACCGACGAGGCGGGGCUCCUGGUGGCCAACGGGACCCAGCCCGCCGGCGCCACCCAGCACCGCUUCGACCGCCUCACGCCCGGGAAGAAGUACCGGCUGCAGCUGCAGACCGACAGCGGAGGGAUACGCAGCGAGGCGGCCCUCGCUGAAGGACGAACACGUCCAGCAGCGGUCAGUGACCUGUCCAUCAGAUCCAACACCACCAGCAGCCUGUCGUUCAGCUGGGCCGCCCCGGAGGGGGAGUUUGAGGCGUACGACAUCUGCCUGUACAACGGCGACGACACGCUCCAGGACCGCCAACGCGGCCAGCCCAGCGCCCGAGACUGCACCUUCCUGGGCCUGCAGCCUGGCACCCGGUACCGGGCCGUGGUUCUGACCCGGAGCGGGGAGCAGACCAACGACUCGUCCCUCUGGGCCCGCACAGUUCCAGCUCCGGUGAUCGGGCUGUGGGCGCAGAACCGUAACCAGACCGAGCGGUUGUGGGUGAGCUGGGAGCGGGCGGCGGGCGAGCUGAGCGGGUACCUGGUGUCGCUCCACAACCCCGACGGCUCCCAGCAGGCCGAGGGGCAGCUGGGGCCCGAGCAGAAGCAGCACGAGUUCCAGGGCCUGGUGCCGGGCCGGCUGUACAGCGCCGUGGUGCUCACGCGCAGCGGCGAGCUGGUCAACUCCGCCACCACCACCGCCAGGACCGCUCCCAGACCCCCCACCUCGGUGUCGUUCGCCGGGGUGACGAACACGUCCCUGGAGAUCACCUGGGCGGCUCCGGCGGCCACCGACUACGACGACUUCUCGCUGCAGUGGUCCCCGCGGGACCCGCUGGCCGUGUUCAACCCCUACCAGAGCCGCAGCUCCAGCAGCAGGAUCCUGAGGGGCCUGUUCCCCGGGCGCCUCUACAACUUCACCGUCCGCUCCGUCAGCGGCACCCCGGGGGCGGCUCCCGCCUACAGCCGGCCAAUCCACGAGAGCAUCCGCACAAAGCCGGAACGCGUCCAGCACAUCCACUGCCGGCCCCAGAGCUCCACGUCCAUCUCGUGCUCCUGGAGCGCGCCGGGGUCGGACUACGACUCGUACACCAUCGAGUGCCAGCACGAGGACUCGCGCGCGCUGGUGUACUCCCAGCGCACGGGCCGGGAGAGCACGCUGUACAGCAUCGCCCAGCUGGAGCCGCACAAGCGCUACACCGUGUCCGUCAAGGUCAUCUCCGACAGCAUGACCAGCGAGGCCGCGCAGGACAGCGUGGUGACCAUGAUCGACCGCCCCCCCCUCCCGUCAAUCAACACCCGCGUCAGCGAAAAGACCGCCCACAUCACCAAGUCCACCAUCUUCUUCAAGUUCAACUGCAGCUGGUUCAGUGACGUCAACGGGGCCGUCAAGUUCUUCACUGUCAUUGUGGCCGAGUCUGACGACGUGGAGAACCUGCAGCCGGAUCAGAGGCACCCCCUGCCCUCCUACCUGGACUACAAGCUCAACAGCUCCGUCAGGGCCUACCAGACCAGCUACUUUCCCAGCCACUGCGCAGAGGCCCUGGACAGCAGCGGGGAGGAGUUCCAGGUCAACCUGGGCGCUGGAACGGAGGGCCUGGGAGGCCUCUGCGACCAGGAACUGGACCAGAACCAGAACCAGAACCCCUUCUGCGACGGGCCGCUCAGAGCCAAAACCGCGUACAGACUCAGCAUCCGCGCGUUCACCCAGCUCUUCCCCGACGAGGAGCAGAAGGAGUUCACCGAGCCUCUGUUCACCGAUACCUACCUGUCUCUUCCGCUGGUGACCGAAGCGGAGCCCCUGGGCGGGGUCAUCGAGGGCAUCAGCGCCGGACUCUUCCUCAUCCUGGUGAUGAUAGGGGUCACGGCCCUGCUCGUCUGCAGGCAGAAGGUCCGGAAAGUGAACGUCCAGGAGCGGCCGGCGGUGAGGAUGAGUGUGAGGCGCGAGAGACCCACCUCCGGCAUGCACAUGGGCGUCAGAAGCAAUCGGCGGAUUUCCAGCCCCAUCAAAGUCUCUAACUUUGAGAGCCACCUCACCAAACUGCAGGCCGAUUCCAACUACCUGCUCUCUGAAGAGUAUGAGGACCUGAAGGACGUGGGCCGUAACCAGCCGCUCGACUGUGCCCUCCUUCCCGAAAACAGGGGCAAGAAUCGCUACAACAACAUCCUGCCCUACGACUCAACCAGAGUGAAGCUGUCCCACGUGGAUGACGACCCGUGUGCCGACUACAUCAACGCCAGCUACAUCCCGGGCAACAACUUCCGGCGGGAGUACAUCGCCACCCAGGGCCCCCUGCCGGGAACCAAGGACGACUUCUGGAAGAUGGUGUGGGAGCAGAACGUCCACAACGUCGUCAUGGUGACGCAGUGCCUGGAGAAGGGCCGGGUUAAGUGUGAUCACUACUGGCCCUUUGACCAGGACCCUCUGUAUUACGGAGAUCUCAUUGUGCAGAUGGUGUCCGAGUCUGAACUUCCAGAGUGGACCAUACGAGAGUUCAAGAUCUUUAGCGAGUACCAGCUGAACUUCUCCAAGGUGGUCCGUCAGUUCCACUACACGGUGUGGCCGGACCACGGGGUGCCCGAGACCACCCAGUCGCUCAUCCAGUUCGUGAGGACGGUCAGGGACUACAUCAACAGGACCCCCGGGUCUGGAGCCACCGUGGUGCACUGCAGUGCCGGGGUGGGGCGGACAGGCACCUUCAUUGCUCUGGACCGUGUCCUCCAGCAGCUGGACACUAAGGACACGGUGGACGUGUACGGAGCCGUCUUCGACCUGCGGCUGCACCGCUCCCACAUGGUGCAGACCGAGUGCCAGUACGCGUACCUCCACCAGUGCAUGCGGGACGUCCUGAGGGCGAGGAAGCUCCGGAGCGAGCAGGAGAACCCGCUCUACCCCAUCUACGAGAACGUCAACCCCGACUACCACAGAGAUAUGGUGUACACCAGACGCUGAAGCUAAUCCCCUGACUCUGACUCCGUUCCUACUGCAGCUGUCUCAUGGAAAACUCUACGGGAGCACAUGGCAAUUUAUUUUCAUUUUUAUUUUUAUAUACCAUGUUUGAGAAUGUCCCAGCAGUCUUUUUUUUUUUUUUUACUAUUUAAAUGUAACAGAGUUUUGUAUAUACUGCCAACUUAUAUUUAUGUGUAAUUUUCCUCAUAUGUUGUGGAUUCUAACCGAAGAGCUGUACACUCAUUUGCACAUUCCUUCUGGAACCUCUGUUGUGAAAAAAAGUGCAAAAAAAAGUGCAAACUUCCCGUUGCUGGUGUAUUUAAGAGGACGUGCCUCAAGGGCGUCAGUGCGUUGAAUGCCUCCUGGGGGGUUUCAUAAAAGAAAGAAAAAAAAAAAAGAAAAAAAAAAGUCCAUUAUCAGACCAAACUGAAAUUGAGUUUCCAGAAACUACCCAGAGAAUCCCUCUUUGAGAACAGCUCCCAAAACAGCCACUGGGACAUCACCUGGGAGAAGAACAGGCCUAUCAGGGGCGGCUGUUUAAUUAAACAACACAUUAGAUGAUGCAGAUGGAGUGCUGGGUGUUUUCUAGCGCAUUAAUUUCCCAUUUUUAAAUUUAAAACCAUCUUCUUAAGAAUGACUCCUGCGUGGCUUUGAACCAGGUGCUAGUUCACAAAGAAGUUGUGGGCAAAUUACUUUCUUCCCCCAUCUUAAGCAUCACUGACUUGGUGGUUGCUGUGGCUGGAAUCGUUGGUAUAACUUCUGACAAAAGGAGAUUUUGACAAAAGUGUUAGAUUUAUGUAUCGUGUCUUCCCCCUCAAGGCAUUUAUAUGGUAUAUUUAUGAAAAAGGUCAUUUAUUAUCUGAAAUAUGUGUGCCAUGCAAAGUGUGUAGCCUAACUGUGUACAUGGCAUGUAUCGAUCCAACUGCACUCUUCUGCACUGUGCAGUUUGGCUCUAUCAGUAAUGGACUUUGUAGCAUUUGUAUUAACUUUCACAGCACUUUUCUAAAAUGCAAACAAAGACAAGUCAUGGAGUUCACUUUCUAGGGCUUUACAGUGUUAUUUUAGUGUUAGUGUAUGUCUUCUGAUGGCCAAACAACUUUUGCGUUUGUAAUAUUAAGGAUAUUUAAGGUAUUUGCUUGACCUGCUGAUUUUACAAUGGCUGCUACAUGGGAAUUUGUGGUCUGUGGUUAUAGCAGGAAAAUACACUGGAAGUCACAACCUCAUAACACCAGAGAAGUUUAUACACUGCUCUGUAUCUGCCUCCAUAACAGACUACACUAAAACUGAAAUAACCCUGUGCAUUAGAAAUGAUCCCUUUAAGGAAUCUACUUAGAGACAUACUAUAAAAUGUGUUACUCCAAUAUUAUUUUAUUAUGCUGUAGUCAGGUGGUGCAAGGCCAUUUUGUACAUUUUUGUAAAUAUGGCCCAAUUUAUAUGUAUGAAAUAUGCAGUGUAUGAGAAUGUGUACAUUUGUCAGUAUAAUAAGCUUUAUACACAAACCGAAGUAUAUUUUUCAUAAAUAAAUGAUAUAUAAGCAAUGUAACCUAAAAUGAAAAUGAAUCUACAUUCGAUAAAUAUAUAUAUUUAUAUAUUUGCCUUAUAUUUUGUUGUAAUCAUAUUGUAUUCUCUAAAACAUAUAUAUAUAUAUUGCCUACAUAUCAAGUGAAUAAUCACUGUAAAGCACUAGAAUAAUGUGUAAUCUACUUCUCAGUCUGCUGUCUUAAGUGUAUUACUCCUUAAAUAACCUGCUACAGAGAAGCCUGAAGCACAGUGGCUUGCAGAAUUGCAUUGUCUCGGUGUUUAUCCCUGUUCGCUGUUCGUUCGGAUGUAUUAGUGGGCACUUAGAUCGGAUUAUGUAGAUUAACCCCAUGGGAUUCUGGCAAGUAACUUUGGUGUUAACUUCGGCUGGGCACGUGCAGAUUUUCAACAUUUAUCUGGGGCGUGUUUUAUAGCCGAAAGGGAAGAGGGGGGGAUGUUGAACACGGACAGUUCAGAGGGUUUCAUUCUGGCGGCUGCCGCUUGCUUGUAAAGUACCCACAGAUGGGAUCUGAAGAGUGACCCAAGGCCUGCCAUCAGGUGUGAGCGAUGCUUGUUAGGCCGUUGCAUUGCAUUUAUACAACCAUCUUCACUGGUUGCAGAAGUCAAGAUGAGUUCUGAAAGUCCAGUUCGACACUUGUUAACAUUUUUUUUUGGAGAGUGAUCCUGGUGCUGUUUAAACUGCUGGUCUUCAGUGUUGACACCUCAACACCCCUCCUCAGACAUGCUGGCUGGAAUUGUCGUUCUCUUUGGAGUAAACUCGUUUUUUUGUAUAGCUCAGGGCAGUCGUUAGAACAAGUACACGAGCAUUGUGUGAUAUGCAUCAUCGUGUAUCAGAACAUGUCAGAAUAUCUUUUAGAAAUACUGGACGACCGUGCCAAAGGUAAACAAAAUAGACGUUCUCUCCCUUGAAUGCUGAAUGUAAUUUGUAAAAUGUUUUUAAUGUGGUGGACCUGUUGUAUUUUAUAAACAAAAAAGUGAAUUUGCGUACCUUGGACCUUAUGUUAAUGCAGAAUGCUACUGAUUUCCAGUGAACAAUGUAAAAUCUUUGACUCAGAUGAAACAUACUCCCUUUUCUUAAAGCAUACAUUGUAUGUGAUAUUUAGGAUAACUCUGUUGCCUAAUUCAACAAUCUAUGUAUGUUACAUAAUAUAUUUCAACUCUCACUUAUAUGUUCUGUGAAUAUAUUUCAAUGCAAUUGAAUAAAAAACUAAUACAAAAA